AUCCAAUGUCCCAUUUUUCAACACCAUUUGUCUUUGUUUGUAUAUUCCAAAGUCUCUAUGCGUUCACACACAUUUUCUCAAACACUUUACUUGCAUCCCCUUUUGGCCAUAUAUGAAGCAGCAACAACUCCCUUCUUUCCCAGAAAAUUCUCCCAUUCCUAUAUUCGUCAAUUCCUCCACAAAACGCUUCUUCAGAUGAAUCAUAACAACUUACCCAAUAAGCGUCGCAGAAGAAGGAAAGAAACCAUACAAGAAACCCCAACGGGACCUGAAAAUGAUGAAUUUGGAUCGGAAAUUCAAGGUGGUGCUGUGAAAACCAAGGAGCUCAAACAGAUAAUUACAUCCUUGUUGUUACUUGAAGAACAAGAAAAGUCCGAGCAAGACGAAUUUUCAAAGGAAGAGGAAGAGAACAAGCUCUUAUUCGACGCCAAUCAUAAGAAAACAACUAAGGUGAUGUGGGAUUAUUAUUCAAAUGUUCAACAACAUCAUUCCGAUUUAGAACAGCUAGAUGGUGUUCGAAAACGAAAAGGCCGAGGCAAUUCUGCUGCUGCUACUGCUGCUGCUUGUGCCCUUGCUUCUUCUGCCGCUGUAGCAGAGGAAGAAAUCGUUUCGAGUAAUAAAGCUAACGAAAAGGGUGCGCCCCAGAGGCGGUUGUGGGUGAAGAAUAGAUCAAAAGCUUGGUGGGAUCAAUGUAACAGUCCUGAUUUCCCCGAAGAGGAGUUCAAGAAAGCGUUUCGAAUGGGAAAAGAUACAUUUGAGCUGAUAUGUAAUGAAUUGAGUUCUGUGGUUGCCAAAGAGAAUACUAUGCUAAGAGAUGCUGUACCUGUGAAGCAGCGUGUUGCUGUUUGUAUAUGGAGAUUGGCUACGGGAGAGCCUCUUAGAUUGGUUUCAAAGAGGUUUGGAUUGGGGAUUUCGACUUGCCAUAAGCUCGUGCUAGAGGUUUGUACCGCCAUUAGGACCGUGUUGAUGCCCAAGUAUCUUCAAUGGCCUGAUGAAACGAAAAUGAGGGAUAUAAAGGAUGAGUAUGAGGAGAUGUCAGGGAUCACUAAUGUUGUGGGAUCAAUGUAUACAACUCAUAUACCUAUAAUUGCUCCUAAAAUUAGUGUUGCAGCUUAUUUUAAUAAGAGGCAUACGGAGAGGAAUCAGAAGACAUCAUAUUCGAUUACUGUUCAAGGCGUGGUUGAUCCAAGGGGGGUGUUUACUGACGUGUGUAUCGGUUGGCCUGGUUCGAUGCCUGAUGAUCAGGUACUGGAGAAAUCCGCCCUUUUCCAGAGGGCGAAUACAGGGUUACUGAAUAAUGUUUGGAUUGUUGGCAGUUCUGGAUAUCCUUUGAUGGAUUGGGUUUUAGUGCCUUACACACAGCAGCAGCUGACUUGGACUCAACAUGCUUUCAAUGAGAAGAUUGGUGAGGUUCAAAGGGUGGCAAAGGAGGCGUUUGUCAGGUUGAAAAGGAGAUGGUCUUGUUUGCAGAAAAGAACAGAGGUGAAACUUCAAGAUCUGCCCGUGGUUCUAGGGGCGUGCUGCGUGUUGCAUAAUAUAUGCCAGAUGAGGAAUGAGGAAAUGGAUCCAGACCUUAAAUUUGAGCUCAUUGAUGAUGAGAUGGUUCCUGAGAUUCAAUUGAGAUCAACCAAUGCUAGGCUUGCAAGGGAUGUCAUUGCUCAUAAUCUUCUUCACCAUAACCAUGCUGGUACUUCUUUCCUGUAAUGAAAGGAGUUAACUUUGAUGUGGUGUUCUUGAUUCAUGUAAUUCUUUCAAGUUAUUAUUAUAUUUCACAUUUGUUUUUCUUGCUGUUGUAUUUAAUCUAUUCAUUAAAGUUAGUCCAAGGAGAUAGUCCUUUGUGCAAACUGAUGAAAAUGUUUCUUUCUAGGACAUAGCCAUACACUGAAAUUGCAGACAAACAUUGUAUUUCAUACUUGAAUUAGGGAUUGAUAGAUGAAAUUGACUUGGCAAAACAUAAAUUCUCUUUUUUUACAUAUUGUCAA